AUGCAACUCAGCAUCCUGCUUACGUUAAAGAUCGCCUUUUGCCUGGUCAAGGUCAUCAACGCCAGCGGAGAGGGUGAUGCAGGCGAGCCGAGUAUCUCAAACUUUGAAUGGGAAAAAUCAGGAGGUGAUAUAGGGUAUCAUUCUGCUAAAGAAACAAAACAUUUGGAUUAUGUUAGACGUGUAAGAGAUGCUAAAGACGUUCAACUUAUUGCUCUUGAUGAUCACAACGAAUCAAUCAAGAAAAAAGCUAAUCUGAAACCUGUUUUGCAAUAUUUCAAGAAGAAGGCUAAGAAGCAAGCUGACACUUUAAACGACUUAGCCGUCAUACGUAAACUGCCAGGUCCCAAAACGAGAGACCACCUUGCUAGAAAGGGGAAGUUACACAGAAGAUCUAUUGAGUAG